UCUCUUCAUAGCCAAGCGAGUAAAGACAUCUUUUCACAGUUAAAGGCGACUGAAAAAAAGGAGAAGGAGAUGGAAGAGCAGGACCCAGGAGGACCACGACCAGGCAAGAGAGCAAGGAAAGGCCCCUAUCGCAUCCAAGCUACGACUGGUGUUGAAUUGUGGGAGAGAGCUGUGCCAGAGAUCUGGGAUCUGGAGCCCCUGAACUCAGAAAUACUUUCUGGACGCUUCCAGAAAUUCCACUACCAUGAAGCCAAUGGGCCCCGAGAGGUUUGCAGCCAGCUCCAUGGAUUUUGCAACAACUGGUUGAAGGCAGAGAGGCACUCCAAGAAGCAGAUCCUGGACUUGGUGGUCCUGGAGCAGUUUCUGGCCAUCCUGCCCCAAGAAAUGCAGUCCUGGAUCAGAGGAUGCAAUCCAGAGACCAGUUCCCAGGCAGUGGCCCUGGCUGAAGGUUUCCUCCUGAGUCAGGCAGAGGAGAAGAGACAGGCAGAACAGAUAUGGGACCCAUCUUUGAAAUUGGAAGCUGAGUUUUCUGAGAUAGAAGGAUCUCUGUUGGAGGAAAGGCAGCAUGGCCAGACCCAGCAGCAUGUCCAAGAUACUCUCUCGCAUGGCAAUGAAGAGACAGUAUUGAUCCGCUCUCUUUGCACAGGUGCGCUACCUCCAGUCCAGUCUCCAGUUUCCUUUGAUGACGUGGCCGUGUAUUUCACUGAGGAAGAGUGGGCCCUGCUGGAUUUGGACCAAAAAGCUCUCUACAGGGAAGUCAUGCUGGAGAACUCUGAGAGUGUGGCCUGUGUGGGAACAUGGCAUUUAAGAGAGAUUAUGGUGGAGACAAACAAAGAUAUUGCAUCCAAAAAAAGGCUGGAGAGUUUCUCAAGUGGAUCUCAAGACAGUAUUUCCCUCAGAGACAAAUUGGCCACAACAGGAGAUGAGCAGUGGAAUGAGGAGGAUGAGGAAGUGCAUCAGCUAUUGCCAGAUAGAGUCAAGAAUGAAGAGCUUAUGAGACAUGCCAAGAAUCAAGGUGGACUGAAGAGACAGAAAGGAAGUCAUGUGAUUGAGAAGUGGGAUAAGGAUUUCCGUGAACUAACCAGGAAGAAACCUGUUAAAGACUCGUUGAGUGGAAAGGGAUUUAAUCAAAGUUGCAGUGUUCAACAGUAUCAAAGGACCCACACAGGGAAGAAACCUUCUGAAUGCUCAGAAUGGGGAAAGAGAUUAAUUCAGAUUUCUCAUGUUCAAAAACAUCAAAGAACACAACCAGAAGGGAAACUUUUUCAGUGCUCAGAAUGUGGAAAGAGUUUCACUCAGAGUAGCAGUCUUCAAAAGCAUCAAAGAACCCACACGGGGGAGAAACCUUUUCAAUGUUCAGAAUGUGGAAAGAGAUUCAGUCAAACUUACUCUCUUCAAUGCCAUCAAAGAACUCACACAGGGGAGAAACCUUUUGAAUGCUCAAGAUGUGGUAAGCGUUUCAGUCAGAAUAGCAAUCUUCAAGUGCAUCAAAAAACCCACACAGGGGAGAAACCUUUUGAAUGCUCAGAUUGUGGAAAGAGAUUCAGUCGCAAUGACUCCCUUCAAAGCCAUCAAAGAACCCACACAGGAGAGAAAUCUUUUGAAUGCUCAGAAUGUGGAAAGAGAUUCAGUCGCAAUUACCACUUUCAACAGCAUCAAAGAACCCACACAGGUGAGAAACCUUUUGAAUGCUCAGAAUGUGGAAAGAGAUUCAGGCGCAGUGGCAGUCUUCAAAUACAUCAAAGAACCCACACAGGGGAGAAACCUUUUGAAUGUUCAGAAUGUGGAAAGAGAUUCAGUCAGAUUUCCAGUCUUCACAGCCAUCAAAGAACCCACACAGGUGAGAAACCAUUUGAAUGCUCAGAAUGCGGAAGGAGAUUCAGUCAGAUUUGCAGUCUUCACAGCCAUCAAAGAACCCACACAGGUGAGAAACCAUUUGAAUGCCAAGACUGUGGAAGGACAUUCAGUCACAGAGUCAGUCUUCAAAUGCAUCAAAAAACCCACACAGGAGAGAAACCUUUUGAAUGCUCAGAUUGUGGUAAGAGAUUCAGUCAGAGUGGCAGUCUUCAAAUGCAUCAAAGAAUCCACACAGGGGAGAAACCUUUUGAAUGCUCCGAGUGUGGAAAAAGAUUCAGUUACAGUAGCAGUCUGCAAAUGCAUCAAAGAACCCACACAGGGGAGAAACCUUUUGAAUGCUCAGAAUGUGGAAAGAGAUUCAGUUGCAGUGGGAGUCUUCAAAGCCAUCAAAGAACCCACACAGGGGAGAAACCUUUUGAAUGUUCAGAAUGUGGAAAGAGAUUCAGGCGCAGUGGGAGUCUUCAAAGCCAUCAAAGAACCCACACAGGGGAGAAACCUUUUGAAUGCUCAGAAUGUGGAAAGAGAUUCAGUCAGAUUUCCAGUCUUCAAAGCCAUCAAAGAACCCACACAGGUGAGAAACCAUUUGAAUGCCAAGAGUGUGGAAGGACAUACAAGAGGGUUGCCACCUUCAACUGUAGAAAAUUUCAAAGAACCCACACAGGGGAGAAACCUUUUGAAUGCUCAGAAUGUGGAAGGAGUUUCAGUCAGAGUGGCAGUCUUCAAAUACAUCAAAGAGCCCACACACAGAGAAACCCUUUUGAAUGCUCAGACUGUGGAAAAAGAUUCAGCUGCAGUGGUAGCCCUCAAAGCCAUAAAAGAACCCACACAAGCGAGAACCCCUUUGAAUGUUCAGACUGUUGA